ACUUACAUGUUUGAUACUUUGAAGUUACAUUAUUAAAGUAAUAAAUAUUAAAUAAUAAUUCUAUAUAGGUAACUCGUAUAGUGUAUAUUCUAGAUAGUGGCUAGUACCUACUACCUAGUACAUUUUGAUUUUUGUAAUUUUGAUUAGAUCACAGGAUUACAACUUAUUAUCGAAUCGUAGAAGAAGUAAAAUUUUUAACCGAGUUUAACAAAAGUAUUCCAAAAUGAAUGUUCUACUACAGGGGAUGAAAAAUUUAGUACUUAAUAAAUCGCUGGGAGAAACGACUAGGUGUAUGGCAUCGCUUUAUCAAAUGCACAGGACUGGCCCACACAAAAAGCCAAUGUUCAAACGAAAUCCGUUGGGUGACAACCCAUUUUUAAAAGGUGUUAUACUUAAGACACUGAUAAGAAAACCAAAGAAACCAAAUUCGGCCAACAGAAAGUGUGUCUUGGUUCGAUUGAGCAACGGCAAGGAAAUGAUUGCUUAUAUACCCGGUGAAGGGCACAAUCUACAAGAACACAAUGUUGUAUUAGUGCGUAACGGGCGGUGUAAAGAUUUACCUGGUGUAAAAAUAACGUGUGUUAGAGGAAAAUUUGAUUUACCACACGUUGUGAAAAAAACACAAACAAAUUCUUAAGUCUAUUAGUAUUGAUAAUUUUUAAUUUUUUUUUUUUUUUGUAUAUUAGUCAUUAAUAAAAUUAGAUUAUAAAUUAUAAUAUUAAUUUAUUUUUAUUUUACACAUGUUUGAUAUUACAGUUUAUGGUUCAAUAUUCUGAGAACAGAAGUUUCAAAACAAA